GUCAAAUGGUUCAAGUUAUGUACUAAGAACGUAAGUUAACAGGCCGUAAAAUAGGCCCAAUAGAUUAAGAUAAUUGAGGCCCAUUAAUCCAGUAAGAACCCAAAACCACAUAAACCCUGCGAAAUUGGCAGGCGGCUGCUGCACUCGCCGGCGGCAGAGAUGGGGAAGAAGAACAAGAGAAGUCAAGACGAGUCUGAGCUCGAAUUGGAGCCAGAGCUAACGAAAAUAAUCGAUGGAGACUCUAAAAAGAAGAAAAAUAAGAAUAAGAAGAAGAGAAGCCAUGAAGAUACGGAGAUAGAACCGGAGCAAAAGAUGAGUCUCGACGGAGACUCGAAGGAGGAGAAGAUAAAGAAGAAGAGGAAGAACAAGAACCAAGAGGAGGAGCCAGAGCUUGUGACGGAGAAAACGAAAGUCCAAGAGGAGGAAAAGGGAAAUGUAGAAGAGGGUAGAGCCACUGUUAGCAUAGCCAUAGCUGGUUCAAUCAUCCACAACACUCAAUCACUUGAGCUCGCCACACGCCUCGCCGGCCAAAUUGCUCGUGCAGCUACAAUUUUCCGAAUCGACGAGAUCGUAGUGUUCGACAAUAAGAGCAGCUCAGAAAUCGAAUCAGCUGCUACGAAUGCUUCUGAUAGCAAUGAAAGUGGUGCCUCCUUUCUCGUUCGUAUCUUGAAGUAUCUAGAGACACCACAAUAUUUGAGGAAAUCUCUCUUCCCCAAGCAAAAUGAUCUUAGAUAUGUGGGUAUGUUGCCACCUCUUGAUGCUCCUCACCAUCUGCGUAAGCACGAGUGGGAACAAUACCGUGAAGGUGUGACACUGAGUGAAAAGGCUCCAAAUUCUGAGGGUACAUUGGUUGAUGUGGGUUUAAGCAAGAGUGUUGUUGUUGAUCAAGUGCUGGGUCCAGGAAUUAGAGUCACGGUAGCCAUGGGAACUGACCACGAUUUAGAUUUGGUACGCCAGAUUGUUCCACCCUCUAAGCCAAGGGAAGAAGCAGGAAUGUAUUGGGGAUACAAAGUACGAUAUGCAUCACAAUUAAGUUCAGUAUUCAAGGAAUGCCCUUUCGAGGGUGGUUACGAUUAUUUGAUUGGUACCUCGGAGCACGGCCUGGUAAUUAGUUCAUCUGAGCUGAAAAUACCAACAUUUAGGCACCUAUUGAUUGCAUUUGGUGGACUUGCUGGGCUUGAAGAAAGUAUUGAAGAUGAUAAUCAGUAUAAGGGGAAAAACGUUCGAGAUGUGUUUAAUGUAUACUUGAAUACUUGUCCACAUCAAGGUAGCCGAACCAUUCGAGCAGAGGAAGCGAUGUUUAUAUCACUUCAGUACUUCCAGGAACCCAUCAGCAGGGCAGUGAGAAGACUUUAAGCUUCGAUAAAAAGAGUCAAAGAAGCUAUUUUGUUCUCAUAGAUCUGAGGUUUGUCUGAAAAAGAGUGAUGUAAUGUAACUGUUUUAGAAUUUGGACCAAGUGUUUAUUCUUGUACUAUCCCAAUUUUGGGUUCUUACAAUUUUCCUCCAUUAGUGGCAGUGUGGCACACGAAGUGUACUCAAUUUUUACACUGAGUAACAAAUUUAAGAGGGGUGUAUUUAAUCUAGUAUUUUAAGUGAUUUGUGUAAAGUUCACAAAUUAUGUGUUAUUCAAUCAUGGAUUUUUAAAAUUCUAAUGAAAUCUAGUGGUAUUGAGCUAAUGAUUUAAAAAUCUACCUUUAAAUC